AUGGGGAAUUUCGGAACUCAGACCAGUCGUUAUAAUCGGCUGGUGACCAUUUUCGUGGCCAUUGGUUCGAUGACAUAUGGCUACUGCUCAUCGAUCAUUUCCAGCACGGUUGGCCAGCCAGGAUGGUAUGCCUAUUUCAAUCUGCCAGAGGAUGGUCAGCCGGGAUAUGACACGAUCACCACGCCUGUCAUAUCCACGGCAAAUGGUGUGUACAGCGCGGGCGGAGCGAUCGCGACACUGUUCAUGAUGUGGUCCUGCGACUAUUUUGGCCGCAAGGUCAACAUCCAACUGGGCUCUUUCUUCGCCGUGCUUGGAGGUGCCCUCCAGUCGGGGUCCAACAGUCUCAGGAUGUUCCAAGCCGGACGGUUUGUCUGUGGUCUGGGAAUCGGUAUGCUUGUGACCGUGUGUCCCAUGUACCUGUCAGAGAUGUCCAGUGCGUACCGUCGGGGCUGGCUGGUGGGUCACCACGCAAUCUUUCUCGUGUUUGGAUAUAUGCUUGCUGGCUGGAUCGGGUACGGUUGUUACUUCGCUGAAGACAGCAACCCGUCGUUUGCUUGGCGAUUUCCGCUGGCAUUUCAAUGCUUCCCGCCUUUGAUCCUCCUACUUGGUUCUCCUUUGCUGCCACGCUCGCCUCGGUGGCUGAUCUCCAAGGGGAAAUUCGAGGAAGCGCGUCUCGUCCUUGAACGGCUGCGCCAGUCGCCUGAUGACCCGGACAACCUGGUGGCCAAGGAGGAGUUCUUCCAGACCAGCGAACAGGUCCGCCUGGAGGCCGAGAAACUGACUGCCUAUGGGAGUGUGUGGAAGGCGGUGAUCAAGAAAAAGUCCUACAGAAAGCGUAUGGCCAUCGGUUUCCUCACUCAGUGGGGAGCCGAGUUUGGUGGGCCUCUGAUUAUUAACAACUAUGCGGUUCUGUUGUAUGAGAACCUGGGCAUGACUGGCGGAAUGCCUUUACUGCUGAGUGCCCUCUGGCUGACCACAGCGGGUCUUAUUUACAACCCACUUGGUGCCUGGUUACACGACCGGGUCAACUCUCGCCGCGGUAUGUACAUGACCGGGUUUGUAGGCAUCAUCAUCACGACCACCUGUCUUGCCGCCAUGACUGCCAAGUUUGCCGGGACCACUAACAAGGUCGGCAACGGCUUUGGCAUCUUCUUCAUGUUCCUCUACCUGGCGUUCCAGGGAACGUUUUGCGACACCACCAUGUACCUGUAUGUCUCUGAAAUCUUCCCGACAGAGAUCAGACCCAUCGGCAUGGGAUUUUCUCUCUUCGGACAGUUCGCAGCGACAAUUAUCCUACUUCAAACCGCGCCGCUGGGCUUCGAUCACAUUGGCUGGAAGUACUACCUUGUGAUCAUCUGCUGGUCGGUUUGUUUUAUUCCAGUGGUCUACUUUUUCUUCCCUGAAACUGCGCAUAUGACUCUAGAGGAGAUUGCCAGGAACUUUGGCGAAGAAGUCGCCGUGCAGGUGACCGAUGCAACGGACGAGGAAAAGGCCCGUCUGGAUCUCAACCUGAUGAACGAACAGACCAAGCCGGCGCCUGUUGACUCGGCUGUCGAGCAGACGGAGUGA